CAUAAAUAGAAAGACAGCGACGGACACACAGGGAACGCGAGGAAGAAGAGCAAGAAAGAGCGAUGGGUUUCUUCUUCACGCAAACAUUCAUAGUUUCACCGGCAUUUCUGUGCCUCAUUCUGUUCAUUUCACCGUCGUUAGCUUCAGAAACCAACCCGACGAUCACACCCACUAAGCCUUCCGCCUACGAAGUUCUCAAGGACUACAACUUCCCCAUUGGCAUUCUUCCCAAAGGCGUGCAAGGCUACGAUCUUGAACCCUCCUCCGGAAAAUUUUCUGCCGAAUUGAACGGUAGCUGUAGUUUCUCUCUCGAAGGGUCAUACCAGUUAAAGUACAAGUCCACCAUCAAAGGGCACAUAUCGGAAGGCAAGCUCUCGAGCUUGGAGGGCGUUAGUGUAAAGCUCUUCUUAUUCUGGGUCGAUAUUGUUGAGGUACAAAGGAAAGGGGAUAGUCUCGGAUUCUCGGUCGGGAUAGCAGGUGCGGACUUUCCUAUUGAUAACUUUGAGGAAAGCCCUCAGUGUGGGUGUGGAUUGAAUUGCAACGAUGUGCAGCCUAAGGAGGUUAGAACUAACCCGAUUUUUUCUUCUUACUGAGGGAAAGAUAUUGUAAUUACGCUUUUUAAUUACGGGUAUUUGUAUGAUUGAUAUUAACUGAAAUGGGUUCUGCUUAAUAGAGGAAAUUGUUGUUGUUCUUCCA